AUGUCCCAUUUAAAAAAAAAACAAUUAAUUAUUGGGCUAAAAUUAAAUCAGCAUAUUUGCACAAAAGCAAAAAAGCCCAAUCCUCCAAAACCCUAUUUAUAUUCCUCCGUCGUUCAUUUUCACUCUCCACCGCCGAACAAAACCCUAUUUAUAAUCCUCCGCCGUUCAUUUUCACUCCCCACCGCCGAAAAACACACUCACACACACAGAGAGGACAGAGAAAAACUGGGUCGUGUGAUCCGAGCACAGCGUAAGGGAGCAGGAUCCGUAUUCAAGUCCCACACCCACCACCGCAAGGGCCCGGCCCGAUUCAGAUCCCUCGACUUCGGCGAGCGCAACGGCUACCUGAAGGGCGUGAUCACCGAGAUUAUCCACGACCCCGGCCGCGGCGCGCCGCUCGCACGCAUUACCUUCCGCCAUCCGUUCCGGUUCCAGCACCAGAAGGAGCUUUUCGUCGCCUCCGAGGGCAUGUACACCGGCCAAUUCAUCUAUUGCGGAAAGAAGGCCAACCUCGUCGUCGGAAACGUGUUACCGCUCAGAUCAAUUCCGGAGGGUGCCGUUGUUUGUAACGUCGAGCAUCACGUCGGUGAUCGCGGUGUUCUAGCUAGGGCUUCUGGAGAUUACGCCAUUGUUAUCUCCCACAACCCUGAUAAUGGAACCUCAAGGAUUAAGCUUCCAUCGGGUGCCAAGAAGAUUGUACCCAGUGGAUGCCGGGCAAUGAUUGGCCAGGUCGCCGGAGGUGGAAGAACCGAGAAGCCUAUGCUGAAGGCCGGAAAUGCUUACCAUAAGUACAGAGUGAAGAGGAACUCAUGGCCGGUGGUUCGUGGUGUGGCUAUGAACCCAGUUGAGCAUCCCCAUGGUGGUGGUAACCACCAACAUAUCGGUCACGCUAGUACGGUACGCCGUGAUGCGCCACCUGGACAGAAGGUCGGUCUUAUUGCCGCCAGAAGAACCGGUCGCCUUCGUGGUCAAGCUGCUGCCACAGCUUCUAAAGCUGAUAAGGCUUAGAUUUUUUUUACUUAUUAGUAUUUAAUUUAUGGAUGGAGAUUUUUUCUAAAGUUUUGUUUCGAUUUUUUAUUCGACUUAGAUUUGCAUUGGUGAGGUACUUCUCGUUUGCUGAUGAUAUGUAUACUUGGUUUUUUUGUUGGGUUAUGGAGAUUAUUUUUUACUCUUGAAUCUGGCUUUGAAUCAAGACAGUAUCUUUCAGCGUUAUAUAUAUUUAGCUGUUUCUUUUGGUU